AUGGGCAAAAAUAGGAAAAAACACAAUAAUACUAAUAAUGGAAAUUCAACCAAUACAUCAAAGACCAUUUCAAAUGGUCAUUCUAAGGAAGAAACCACGGCGUCAGUGCGGGAUCUGGAAAAUUCAAAUGCAAACGAAAACGGUGUAGGCUUGAAACCAGAUGCUUCAAAUACUGAGCUGGAAAAGACAAUGAAAGAAGAGGAGGAGGAGGAGGAGGAGGAGGUUGCUAGCGUGGAAUUGGAAUCCGUUCAAGCUCAAAUGGAUUCACUACAAACAACAACAUCUGCAUCCGAUACUGCUACUGCCGAUACUACUGCUGAUACCGCUACAAAACCUCAACCGAGUGCUGCUGAUACAGAUUCCGUCCUCAAAUUAAAACAAGUGGAGAAAGAGAGGGAUGAGAUCCAGCAUUCAUAUAAUAAUUUGGUAAGCAGACUCUCGACAAUGAAGUCUGUGUUUGGCAAAAUGAAGCAAUCUGAAAUUGAGUUGGAAGAAAAAACAGAGCUAGUAGAGAAAUUGAGUAAGGAAAAAGAGGAGUUGAAGAAGAGGAAUCAAGAUUUAGAACAACAACUUCACCGUGAACUAGAAAAUAAAGUAGACCGCUCGAUACUAGCGCAGCUACGAGAAGAGAACAACCAAUUGAAUAUUGAAUGCGAAAAAUUAAACGAUACCUUGACAAAAACGAGACGAGAGUAUACUCUGACCAUUGAAGAAUUGCAAGAUGAAAAAUACAAUUUGGAAAAUUCCAAUUCAAAAUUAUCCAAAAAGAUCCAUGAACUAAAACAGGAAAUCAAUGAUUUAACUGUAAGAGAAAGGGAAGUUGAAUUAGAGCAGAAAAACAGUAAACAACUAAUUAGCGAUUAUAAGGACAGGUUAGAAUCGAGCGAGAAAGCUUUGAAAGAGGCUGCAAGAAAUGUAAAAGAGUUACAAACAAUAAUUUUAGAGAACCAGAAGGAAUUUGAAAACAAUAUAGAUGCUUUAAAAAAUGAGGUGAAGUUGGCAGCAAAGACUAUUGAUGAACAAAACGAAAAGAUUGUCACUUUGAAAGCAGAGGCUAACACUUUUAUAGAGAAGCUUUCUCAAGCAGAUAAGGAGAUGACACAAAUUCCCGAGCUUAAAAACGAAAUUAACAACAAACAGCUUCUAAUAGGGAAAUUACGCCACGAGGCUAUUAUUUUGAAUGAACAUCUUACAAAAGCAUUGACAAUGUUGAAACAAGGAGGUAAUGGAUCAAAUAAGCUGGUUGAUCGAGAAUUAAUAUCCAAUGUGAUUAUAAGUUUCUUGCAAUUCCCCAGGGGAGAUUCAAAAAAAUUCGAGGCAUUACAAUUAAUAAGUGCGUUGCUAGAAUGGGAUCAUCUGCAAAAGAUAGCCGCUGGUUUACAGCACGUACCUACUUCCAAGGGUGGAGCCCAAACGAAAUUGGAUUCCGAAGGUAAUGAAGUUCCUGUACGACAAAGUUUUGUGUCUUUAUGGACGGAGUAUUUAGAAAAGGAGUCUAGUAAAAAGUAG